CGCUGAUCUGACUGGAGCGGCGCUAUUGAGCGGACAAUGUACGCGUAGGCAAUGAGAGAAGAAGCAGCAGCAGCGGCUAGAGAAGCACAAAAGCACAUUCUCGGGAUUGUUACACUUUGACAUACGUCUCAAUUUGCAUUUGUAAUAAUUAUUUUUUUUGGUGGAGGGCAGCAUGUAACUGGUUUGUCGGCUUCUGUGAAGGCGUAGCUUGUGACGGCCGACUGUCGUCGUUCAACACUUUGUUGUGUUCGUAAGCGCUAGCCCAUCCUCAGCUGGCUGGGCGAGAUAGACAUACGUGGGUUUGUGUUAAAAGUCCACGUCAAACCGAGGCGACUGACCUGUGCUCGUCAAAAGGCAAAGAUGGGGAAUAUGGCAAGCAGAUUUCAGUCCUCUAAGGGACCAGAGGAAACCGGCGAAAGCAGCCGCAAACACAGGUGUGAUUGGAAGAGGAAACGGAACGCACAGUGUGACUGUGAGGAUGAGAAGGAGGAUGACGACCCCAUUCAAGAUACACCGCGCAGGAAGAAACUGAAAAGCACCUCCAGUUACAUUUAUCAAACGUUGUUCCUGAAUGGUGAAAACAGCGACAUUCGCAUCUGUGCGAUGGGACAAGAAUGGAACCUUCAUAAAUUGUACCUGUGCCAGUCGGGAUAUUUCUCCAGCAUGUUCAGCGGCAGUUGGAAGGAGUCCAACAUGAUGGAAAUCAACGUGGAGAUACCUGACCAGAACAUUAGCAUAGAAGCUCUGCAUGUUGUCUUUGGAUCCUUGUACCGCGAUGACGUUCUCAUCAAGCCCAGUGGUGUUGUCAGUAUCCUUGCAGCUGCUUGUAUGCUACAGCUGGAUGGUUUGAUCCAGCAGUGCGGCGAGACAAUGAAGGAAAACAUCAGCGCAAAGACUGUGUGCAGCUACUACACGUCCUCUUGCAUCUACGGCUUGGAGUCCGUCAUGAAAAAAUGUCUGGAGUGGCUUCUAAACAACCUCAUGACGCACCAAAAUGUGGACUUGAUGAAAGAAAUUGGAACGGACAUGAUGGAGCAGCUCAUCCAGUCAUCGGACCUGUUCGUCAUGCAAGUGGAGAUGGACGUCUACACUGCUCUAAAGAAGUGGAUGUUCCUGCAGCUCAACCCUAUGUGGGACGGACCCAUUAAGCAGCUUCUGGCCGAUGCCGAUGCCUGGCUGUGCAAGCGCAGGAAUGACCUGUGCUCAACAGACCUGUGUGCGGGGAUGCCCUUCCUCGAUACAGAGGAGGGUGCCCCCUUUCUCUCUGUCUUCAAAUACGUGCGUCUCCAGUAUAUCAUCAACGACCUCGCUUCGGCACGCAUUCUGGAGCGUGACAACAUUUUUUCUCGUGAUUGGUUAACAACAAUAUACAAAACGCAGUGGUUUGCCAUGUUGCGGACAGAAUUUGACAAUGAUAAUGGUCCGCAGGAAGUCAACAAAGAGGAGCUCGAGUUAUGCAGCAUGAGGUGUGGCAGGAAACUGACCAAAGAUGGAGAUUACUGCUGGCGAUGGACUGGUUUCAACUUUGGCUUCGACCUGCUGGUGACCUACACCAACCGCUUCAUCAUCUUCAAAAGGAACACACUAAGUCAGCCAUGCGGGGGUGCUGUGAGCUUGCAGCCCCGGCGACAUCUGGCAUACAGGUUACGCUUAGCCUCCUUUGACAAUCUUGGCAAGCUAGUGUGCAGCCGCUCUACCGGUUACCAGCUUCUCACACUUGAGAAGGACCAGGAAUACGUGGUAAUGAACCUGGACAGUCGCCUGCUGUCCUUCCCGCUCUACGUGUGCUGCAACUUCCUGUACACGUCAUCGUACGCGGACCACCGGCCGGACCCCUCGGAUCAAGAGGGAAGUGCCCGCAGCAUAUCCUGAUCGACUCGCGGUAGCUGCCACCCGUUCCUGUGGUAACGUUGGCACUGUUUGUACGGUCCGCCGGCACUUUCAACAUCACAUAUUUUAUCACCUGUAAGCCAGCGAGGGGAACAUGUCUCUGAUGUGUCACAUGGAGGCCGGUGUCAUUCCAUUUUAGCAUGAACCUGCAUACUUCAAUAUGGGAACUUUCCAUUCGUACACUUAUGUUGAUGACACCGUGUUCCACAAACCAGUCACCUCACUUCAUUGAUGGGAACAUUGAUGGGACUGUCCCACGGACUUCUGGAAAUCAGAAAACGGCGACAUUCCCCCUUUACCAUCUGGGCAUCACAAAGCAGGAAUUUCUGGAAUUGCGCCUUUUCUUACCUAGAGGUAAAAUACUAUCACAGCAGCAGCUGUUUUAAUAAGAUAAGUGGAACUGUUACAAUUUGCUGUGAAAUGAAGAUGUGGUGUUAGUGGACACAAUCUACACCUCAACAGUUUCUUGUUUUCACCUUGUAAGUACAUCUUAAAUGUGUAAAAUAAAAAACUAACUCGUAAUCACCACUCUUAAUUUACUGUUAAAAGUAAUCUAAUGAUGAUGUGCUUCACAGUGAGCUAGCAGUCUUUCUUUCUUCUCCACAAGGGUCCACUUGUUUUCUUACUAUAGGUUCACCCUCACUCAAAAACACUGGUUAGUUAUUUAAGCACUAACGUCCAACUUUUUUUUUCAUUUUGCACAGGGUUUACACCAGGGAGCGGGAACCAUUUUGGCUAAGAGAGCCAUGAAAGCCACAUAUUUUAAAAUGUAUUUAUGCGAGAGCUAUACUGUAAUUUUUAACACGGUAUACAAUUAAAAGCGUGCAUUUUUAGGGAAGACCAACAAUUUUAGAAUGUCUGAAUUUAUUAUUUUUAAUGUUAUAAUGAAGCUAACCAAUCAUAAUGAAAAAAAAUCUUAACUAUUAAUGUGACUUCUGGUGCUGCAUUUUUUUGCUGAUGGCUUUGUAGUCUGGUUGAUAUGUGGUGAAGUGAAGCUUUAUGCAGGCAUUGAGGCUUCCAUCCGUUAAACGUGAUCGUAGCUUGGUCUUGUUUUUUUUUUUUUUUUUUUAGAUGUGAGAACAAUUUCUCACAUGCAUACAUAGAGGCAAACAUGGUCAAUACGGCAAUACUCACACACACACACACGUGUGUGGUAAGUGACGGGAAGUGUGUUCCAAGUUUUGACAAUCAGCUGGUAUGUGGGUUGAAGUUUUCCAAUUCUGUCCACUUGUUUGCUAGCCAGCUCUGCUUGCUGUUGCACAAGUCUUUCCAAAUCUUCAUUCAGUGACUUUAACUUGUUCACCCACAUGUCUGAGGCCUUCAGGUCAGCAAGUUCUACCUCAAAAUCUCUGGUGGAGACACUAACGAUGUAAACUCAGGUCGGCUUUGUUCACUACCCGUGGAUGAGUGAUGAAAUUAAUAAGACGGUUGUGCUCACACAAUUUUCCAAAGCGUGCUUUGAAUGACUGCAGGAGAUUAGAUUUGAAGCUAGCUAGCUGUUGGAGAUCAAAAUGUUGAGCGGGGUUACUUGCUGUGCGCUCACCUUUAAAAUUCUCUGUUGUUCAAAGUGUAGUAAACGACCUGUUUCAGUAGCCGUGAUAGAGUUCCAGCUUGUUUUGAAAUGCAAACACUGCUGGUUGCAGGGAUAAGACUAUUUCCAAUGCCUUGAAUUUUCAAAUUGAGCUGGUUCAGAUGUUCGAUCGUGCACAAUAUAAUAAAACUUUAGGAGCCACUCAGUGUUAACUUGCUCAGGAUGCUCAACGUCUUUCAUUUCAAGAAAGGUCUGCAUUGCUCAGGGAAGCCACAAAACGGCUGGACUUCCCUUCCGUCUUGACAACCAACACACAUUGCUGUGUAAAAAGCAGACAGGGAUAAUUAUUCCCAACUUCAUUCAUCAGUGUUUUAAACUGGCAAUCAUUUAAGGCUCAGGCAACAAAGUUGACCGCCGCAUUAUCCAAUCAAAAUAGUUUUGGUCUGACCCUACUGUACCCAGAAGGACAGCUGCCAUUGGGUCCAUUCAUUUUAUUUUAAAAUUUUAGUGGAAUUCAUCAUUUAUCGCGUUAAGAAUUGUCAGCUAAAAUUAAUCUGCUAGCCAGUUGCAGUCCUCAAAAGAGAAACGUGGCUCGUGAGCCAUAGGUUCCCGAACCCUGGUCUAAUAUUUUUCCACAUUUUAUCACCUGCUCAUCCAUCCACUGAGAUUCCCUCAUAAAUGUCAAGAAAGGACAUACAAACUGAUAGUCACUCAUGCUGCAGUGCCGUCACUUUUGUUUUUUUUAUUCAACAGUUAUUUAUUUUUUACUUUUUUUGCAAAGCAGAAUAUGUAUACAAGAUGUUCAUUGCCAAUAAAACUGCCCAAAGACAUGGGCUGUGGUGCUAUAAUAUCUUCAUUUA